AUGGAAUGCCCAGCAGCCUGGCUCAUGUCAAUUCGGCUCGGAGUAGCCAAAAGAUUGCAUCAUUUGAUAGACCCCAAGUCCAGGCUGAAGCUGCUUAUCUGGAAACAACGGUUGGAAAGCUCCGGACAGAAUUGGCGCGCGUCCGAGACAGCACUUCAAUCACGGACCUUUCCAACUCCCGUCUUACAUAGUCUGUCUUCAAUUGAAAGAGAUCUCUCCACAAAAUUUGAAUUACCCAAUACAAAGUACCGGCAUGUUUCGCGGCACUUCACCCAGCUUCAAGGGGUCUACGGCAAGGCGUUCUCGGACAUCUCCAAGGCUGCUUCUGUAGAGGCUGGUCCACGUUCAGAUCUGAAUUCUGUCCAAUUGACCCUGGAAAGCUCGAUUGAUCCGAUCGCCGAAGAAUACGAAAGUUUUAUCCUUUCCCUUGAGGCUCAGCUGGAUACUAUCGGAGCGACGCCAACAAAGCGGACUGCGAAAACAGAAGCCGUACCGACGGGCAAGAAUGUGAUCAGCCUCGCUGGGAGCCAGCUCUAUCCAUCCGCAAACCGGAAGGAACUAUCUGAUCGAAAGGCGGAGCGCAUCUCACAAACCGCCAGCUCAGAGGCUGCUAUAAAAGACGUGCGCAUGUCCAACGGUUUUCGCCUUCAUGACGGGGAAUCACAAGCCCCGGGAGGAAAAGGAGAGAAAGAAAGGCCCCGAGAUCUUGCAAAAGUUUCGGAACAAUCUGAGCCGGGGAGAGGCAAGACGCUAGCAGAUGCAAACGAAACACAGUUGAAAUCAUUGAGCGAAAAUCAAGGAGACGGCAGGUUGCUCACCAGUUUCCAGGAGCUUCAGGAGCAGCAAUUUGAUUUGAAGAAGCUCGGAAAUCCCGACGAGCCUCUCCAUCGCGAUCCCUCGCCGACGCCACUGUUUUCCAACACCUCAUCUAGGUCUACCCGCUCCUCUACUUGA